CACCGUGACCGUUCUCCAUCGCCGCCACAUCCUCGCUCUGUUCCGUAGCGAGGCCUCUUCGCUGCUGCCCGGGCCCUGAACGCGGGACGGGAACCUCCCGCUUACCCCCGCCUCCCGCCGCAGUGGACGGUCCCUCGCAUCCCGGAAGAAGGGACCGGCCACUUCCUUUUACCGGGACCGGACCGGAGCCGCCACCAUGACUGCCACGCUGCGCCCGUACCUGAACGCGGUGCGCGCCACGCUGCAGGCCGCGCUGUGCCUGGAGAACUUCUCCUCGCAGGUGGUGGAGCGGCACAACAAGCCUGAGGUGGAAGUCAGGAGCAGCAAAGAGCUGCUGUUGCAGCCAGUAAUCAUCAGCAGGAAUGAGAAGGAGAAGGUUCUCAUCGAGGGCUCCAUCAAUUCCGUGCGUGUCAGCAUCGCGGUGAAGCAGGCUGAUGAGAUCGAGAAGAUUUUGUGCCACAAAUUCAUGCGCUUCAUGAUGAUGAGGGCUGAGAACUUCUUCAUCCUGCGCAGGAAGCCUGUGGAAGGCUAUGACAUCAGCUUCUUGAUCACAAACUUCCACACGGAGCAGAUGUACAAGCACAAGCUGGUGGACUUUGUCAUCCAUUUCAUGGAAGAGAUUGACAAGGAGAUCAGCGAGAUGAAGCUCUCCGUCAAUGCCAGGGCCCGCAUCGUGGCAGAGGAGUUCCUCAAGAAUUUUUAGGCCGUGGUGCAGGACCCCGUGGCUCCCCAACGCUUGUGCCCCCCGGCACUGUGCCUGCUGCUGCUGCCCCUGGGGGUGGCCGGGCCGGCCCCCGCCUGCCCCUCGCCGGGCCAGGAGUGGCCCCCGCUUUGCAGCAGAGCGGCCCCGGGUGCUGCUGCUGUCUCGUCUCGUUUUUUUAAAGCGGUCGUUUGCUGUAA